UACUCAAAAUUCAUCAAUUAAAACUUGAAUGUAUGAGUUUAAACUACAUAUCGUUUAAAUCAAAGAAUAAAAAUCCUUAAUUGAAUGUCUAUUGUUUAAGAGACAAAUAUGUUCUUUCAAAAUGAGUUGGAGAAACAUAUAUAACUUGAAAUUUAAAAUAUUAGUUUAAUCAUAAUUAUGAAAUACUUGAUAAUCUAUGAGAUUCACCCGGCCAACUGGCUGGGAAGAAAGCUAGUUGGUAAAAUGGUGAAUUAAAUUUUAUUUUUAGUAAAAUGAUAGUUUAUAAUGUGUAAUAGUCAAGGUUCAAGAAGAUGAUAGGCAUUAGCAAGCAGCGGCGGAUCCAGAACACCGUAGAGCUUUGGGCCGCAUUUAGUUAGAAAAUUAAAUAUCAUAAAAGAUAUAAUGAUAUAAUUUUUUUUACAAUGUCAAUUGUACACGACACUCUUUUGAUGUAGCAAAUGCAUCAAUAAUGGAGUCUACAUCCACACCAAUAGCAUACUCUGUUUCAAAUAAAAUAGUUAAGCAAUCGACAAGAAAUUCAUCGCCCAUUUUGUUGCGGAAAUCAAUUUUCACAUGUGUUAUUGUUGAAAAGAUUUUCUCCAUAGUAGUCGUUAAAACGGACAGCGUCAACACUAGACAAAUCAAUUUACAUUGUGUGUCCAUCCCCACAUCCACCAUCGGCUCAAGUGAUUUUUCAAGGGAACAAACCCCAUAUUUAUUUUAGUCUUUUACACUUAGACUUUUAGAACUUUAGGUUUCAUUGUUUUUUUAGAAGAAAAUCUUUUGAGCUAGAAUUUUGAGGCUCAAUUUAGAGUAGUGAUUUGAAUAUAUUCAUCUGAACUAUUUUUCUAGUUAUACACAAUCUUAUUAUAAAUAAUACUGGGCCGAAUGAAUAAAAUCAAAAAAUUCAUAGAGGCUAUACUAGCUCCGGAUUCAAAGGAGGGCUGGGCCGUGGCCCGGGGUUGCCACCCCCAGGAUCCGCCACUAUUAGCAAGGGCUAAGGUCUAAGAUCAGGUGAGUAAGGGAGAGUUCUUAGUUACAUGACUAAGUGAAUCUCAACCCUUACACCUCAUUAAAAUCCAAUGACUCCAGAGAAAGAUACGCCCGUCGAUGACCUUUUUCCGCAUAGGUUUACUUUUCUGGCGAUGGGAAAUUUUCCCAUCCAAGCCCGCCGACAGUCACCUUUUGUGGGGACUUAUCUCUCCAUGUGUGACUAUUAUGGGAACUUUUCUUCAUGUGCGACUCAAAGAGAGAGAGAGAUUUUCCCGGCGAUCGGAGGUGGCUUUUCCAGAGAUCGGAGGUGGCUUUCCAGCGACCGGAGACUGCGAAGGAGGAUUUUCAAGUGACAAUGCUAAUUGUGAUGUUUGUCGAUCUAUUUUGUAAUGUUUAUAAGUCUCGUCUGUAAUGUUUAUGUAAAUUCUGUUUGUAUUGUUUAUGAUUCUUGUUUGUCAUGUUUAUCUAUUAUUUUUGUAAUGUUUAUAUUACUAUUUUGUAUAUAUUGUAAUUUGUAAUGUUUGUUUGUCUAGUUUGUACACUUUUAUGUUAUGAUUUGUAUACUUUAUAUUUAUUGAUUUGUAAUACAAUUUUACCGAUUUGUAUUGUAAGUAGUUUAUUUUGAACUGUUAUUAUGUUUUGUAAUGUUUGUCAGGUUAUCUGUAAUAUUUGUAAACUUUGUAAUGUUUGUUGGUUUCUUUUGUAAUGUUUGUAAGUUUUGUUAUUUUUGUCCAACAUGUUUGUCAUUUUUGUCAACCAUGUUUGUAAUAUUUUUUUAUGUCUAAAAACAACAUGGUUGACUUUUGGACGAAACUCUUCUAUAUAGAGAUGAAGUCUCCAGAGUCAACCUGGGUGUUUUCCAUUUUGUAUGAUUUGUCGGUCUACUUUGUAGUUUUUGUCCACCAUGUUGGUAAUAUUUGUAUGUCUAAAAAACAACCGGGUUGACUUUGGGACAGUGCCCCUCUAUAUAUGGAUGUAGCCUCAAAAGUCAACAUGGUUGUUUUUCCAUUUUUUAUGAUUUGGAUUGUUUGUCGAUCUACUUUGUAUUGUUUGUAUAAUUCGUAUGUUUUGUAUUGUUAUUAAGUCUGUUUGUAUGUUUUGUUGUUCUAUUUUGUACUGUUUGUAAGUCUAUUUUGUAUACUUCGUAACUUUUCAUAAUACCCAAACUACACCUGUCAGUAAUUAAAAAACUCUUCCAAUUUAUUAAUCGUUGGAUUGUUGUGUCCAGAUCUAAGGGCUGAGAGGGCAGGGGCGUAGCUAGCACAGGAGGGGGGAUGUCAAUGCACACCCUUGUUUUGGGCUCAACAAAGGGAAAAUAGAUAUAUGUUGGAGAGAGCCCGUUAAAAUUACACAUGUACAUGUGGACUUGGACGUUUAGGAGUUGGGACAAAACAAAUUCUAACAAAUACUUUUAUCCAAAAAGUAUCGAAAUGAUAACAAACCAAUCUAGUAAUCAAAUUUCGUUCCAGGCUUCCACUACAAAGGUAACCUAGAGGUAGCAUCACCCCAUCCCAAUUGACUAAUUUCCUAUUAUCACCGCCCCAACCCGUAGGUAGAGAUUGUCAUUGUGGUUUCUUAUUGUUAUUGUCCCCAAUCUAAUUGAGUUUUUUCAAUACAUUAUUUGAUUACUCCAUUUUUUUAAAUAUGUAGCUUUUACCAUGGACAAAUCUUGAUAAAAAUGGUCAAAACAACUUCAAAUGUUCAAGGGCAUGAAGUUAAUUUCUCAAAUGCACCUACAUUUAACUCUAACUCGACUACACCAGUACUGUCACAACAAUCUCUCCCGGUAAACCAUUUUAAGCUUAGCUUCAGAUCUAAGAAAAGUGAAAUUAACAAAGUUUUUUUUUUUAAAUCGGCACCCCUUAAAGCAAAAUUCUGGCUGCGCCAUUGUGAGAGGGGCUUAGUCAAGCCUUAGUCACCUGAUACUCCCUCCAUUAGCAAGGCGUAGGCAUCCUAGAAGGCAUGUUAAACAAACUAGUGGGGUAAAUACUUUAAGGAACUAUUUUAUUGUAGUUCAUUUUCAAAUUAUUAAAUAGUUUAGCUAUUAUUGGUGAUUUCUUACAAUUACAAGUUUAUAGAAUAUGUGGAUUGUGACUGCUCUCUAGUUUAUGAUAGCGAAGAGAGAGGGCCAUAUAGACCGGAGUUGGAGAAAAAUCGAAGAAAUCAUGGGUUAUGACUACCAUACGGUCGACAACGUCGUAAACCAGUAUAGAAGAUCAGAUCGACUAGAAUUACAGAAGAACUGCAAAAUUGGUGGAUUAUGAUUACUCUACAUUCGACAACGAAGCAAAAGGAGAAAAGGACAAACGGAAAGAGCGAAAAGGAGAAACUGUAACCAUUCAUAAAUUAUGAAUCUCUGUCUUUGUUUUCCUAGAAUUGCAAUUCCCAAUUGAGUAAUCGAGAGAAGAGUGAAGGACACGUCAUGUAUCCAACAACAGGAGAUGGCGUGCUAAUAACUAACUACACUUUUUUCUUGUUCUUCAUCAGCAGGAGUAUUUAAGCGUCUCACCUUGAUUAAUCAUACCUUGUUCGAAAAUAUAUUUAUUCAGACUCAGAGGGGAAAAUGCAUUGUAGUACUAAUGUAUACCAUGCACCUGAAUUUACAUAUAGUAAUGUAUACAUAUUACCAAAAACAAGUCAUUUAUGAAUAUUAUCAGGGUACUAGUUUGACUUAAAUGUUGCCUAACUUUUCCCUAAGCGUUAGUAGUUUGUGUGAUUCAAAGCUCAGACAGUGGUUUGAUCCUCCUACCUGUCGUGCCAUAAAAGCUAUUCCGCUCCCACGACAGUGUAUAGAGGAUCGUCUUGUCUGGUAUGACACAGCUAAUGGGAUUUUCUCUGUUAAAUCGGCAUAUCACCUUGCGGUCCGGCUGGAUCAGCAGAACAGUCGAUGGAAAGCUAUGGUUAGUUGAAUGGAUAGACUCAGCUGGAUCCGGUUAUGGGAAGCCAACAUCUCGCCUAAGCUAAAGGUGUUUGUUUGGCAAAUUUUUAAUUGGAUUCCCCCCACAACAGAGGCUCUUAGGGAAAAGGAUGUUUUGGUCCACUCUAGGUGUCCUGUUUGUUGGGAUGCAGCGGAAACCAUGGAACAUUUGUUUCUUGACUGCCCGGUGGCUCGUGCUCUCUGGGAUUAUUCUAGGCUGGAAUAUCUGGGUCAGGGGUUGCCUCGCUAUACUUUCCCGCUUUUUCUUAAACGACUGUUAGCUCUCAUUCGACAGCUGGAUCUGGUUAUGGCUGUGAUUGCUGUACUUUGGAGGAUCUGGCGCUCUCGUAAUUGGGUUGUUUUUUAAGGCAAACAGUUCGGGAUCCCGGCCUUGAUGCGGCAGUUUAAUCAAUAGCUGGAUUAGUGGUUAAGAGUGUCGGUUGAGCGGGAUGCCCCAUUUUCUGCUCCAGUGCCACCUCCCUCUGGCCCAUGGAUUAAUAGUUUGGUUGUCUCCAUGUGGGAUGGGGCGACGCGGCGAAGGUCUCACUCGGUAGGAGGAGUGGUGUUGGUGACCCCACCAAAAGAUUUUGGUGGUUCGCGGGGUCCAAUUCCAAUGCAUUGACCCUAUAGUGGUGGAGGUGCGCUGCGUGAGGCGCUAUGGUGUCUCGAGAAUGGGUUCUCAGAAGUUUGCUUUGAGGGAAACGCCAAGGUUGUCAUCGAUAAGAUCAUUCGGGCGAAGAUUGGAGAUAUUCGGAUGGGGGCGGUUCUAGAGGAAGUUGUGUCUUGUUUUGCCUUGCAUCCGGGGUUUAGUGUUCGGUUUGUAGGUCGGUAGGGUAGCCCAUCUGAUAGCUAGAAAGACCUUUUCAUUGUCCCCGAUUACGAGUCGUGUGUUUGAUUUUCAAAUCUGGCAAAUUUUCAGGAUGUAAUUAUCUUUUUGGUGAAUCAAUGUGUGUUUGAUUUUCAGCUCUCGCAAAUUUUCAGGAUGUAAAUAUCUUUUUGGUGAAUCAAUAUAUAUGAUUAUCUUUUGUAAAAAAUAAAAAAAAUAAAAAACUUAGAACGCU